UUCGUUCGUUGGCAUUGUCUUUUUCCGCCAUAUUAAAAAAAAAAACAGUGUGCGAUUGUUUUGAUAAUUCCUUCGUGUUUGCCUUCAUGAAGGCAUGUGAUUUUCUUCGCGCAAUAUUUAUCUCGUUCUUUUUCGCUGCCAUUAGAACGAUUGAUGUCGUGAUAUAUUUUCAUUUGCCACAAUCUGACAUUUAUCAGAUACAGUGAAAUUGCUCACGAGAAUAGAUUUCAAGUCAAUUUUUUAUUCGUGUUUGAGCAUUUUGUAAUUAAUUGUGUGUGCUUUUUUUCUCUCUCUCCAUCAAAAUGAUUCUUUGGAACACGCAUACGGCAAAAUGCGGCAUUGGUGUUAGUAACUUUUCAUUUAUCGGAUACGAGCCAUUUAAACAAGGGGUUAUGCGAUCACUACGACAAGCCCAUUAAGAUGUUGUCUAAUCCCAUAGUGCAAUGUAAAUAAAACAUAGCAAAUUAAUCGCUGAAUCGGUACGAUGAGGUGUUUACAUUCAUCAAAAAAGGGAUCGAUAACACUAUAUUUACAUCGACGAUGAUAUUUUUUUCUGCGGUCAAAGCAAAUAUUAAUCGCAAAAAUGAUGAAUAUGAAGGCAUGACAAAAAUAUAUUUCGCAUAUCAGUCAUCUCGAUUCGGCCAUUCGAAUAUUGAGGAAACAUUGCUUUUUUCGCGGUGGAAUUAUAGUAGACUGUUUCUUCUUGUCACAAGUUGGUUUCUUCUUCUUUUUUUCACUCGUUUUUCUGAUUCGCCCCUUGUACUAAGACGCCAAUAAUAGCACACAUCAAUAUGUAUACAUCUAUAUGACUAUGUGACGGAACGCGUCUUUGUAUUAUUGUCAAAGUGAAUGUAAACUUAUUCGACUGUCUUUUGUAUGAUUGCUGGUUUUUCAUUCAGCUUUCAUUCGGUACCGAGUUUUGUAUAUUGUAUACGAGUUGUGUGUGCACAAAACUCGUAUAAUGUAUUCGUUCACUUGUUGUGUGUAUAAUUGCGCUUCGUCUGUGUCUCUGUGCACCGUCACAUAUCGUUCUCCAGAGCAUGGCGUUCGUUUCGGUUUCGCUUCGUGUUCUUUUUUUUUUGGCUCGAAUCAGUCGAAUCCAAAACAAAACGUACUCACGUUACUCGAUCGCAAUAAAUGAGAGUGUUGAGAGGGAGAGAAAAACGCAUGAAAUAUGAGAGUUUGAAUCCGAAAUUCUUCGCUUUGUAGAUGCAGCAUGAUGUUGUUGCUGCUGCUGCAUGCAUCACACAAAGGAAUUCUGUCCGAAAGAAAAGGAGCCGAGCUGCCAACACCCAAACAAAUUUUAUACCCCCGCGAAAAGGUUAGAAUUGGAUGGAAGAAUCCCGAUCGAAAGUGGAUUCCUGGCGCUGGGAUGAUGAAUGUUGGUAACACUUGUUACUUAAAUUCAACACUGCAAGCAUUGUUUCAUGUGCCUGCAUUUGCCAAUUGGCUGGUGUCUGACAGUGUCCAUCGUGAAACGUGUGAGGAAAAAACUGGAGUUCAAGGCGGAUGCAUCAUUUGUGCAAUGGCAAAAACAUUGAUGUCUUCACAAUCGCCCGGCACACAAGCGAUGAAACCGUAUUUGGUGUACACAAAACUAAGAUUUGUAUGUAAGCAUCUUGUGUUCGGCCAGCAAGAGGAUGCACACGAGUUUUUGCGCUAUUUAAUGGAAGCAAUGGAAAAAGCCUAUUUGUCACGAUUUCCAAAGAGCUCACAAUUAGAACAGUACAGCAAAGAGACGACGCCGAUCAAUCAAAUUUUGGGCGGCUACCUCAAAACAUCGGUGCGCUGUUUAUCCUGUGGUCACGAAUCGGUAACAUUUCAGCAUUUCGAAGAUUUACUCUUGGACAUUCGGAAAGCUAAUACACUAGAAGAAGCGUUAGAUUUGUAUUUUGCGCGCGAACGUUUGGAAGAUAUGGGCUACAAAUGUGAAUCGUGCAAGAAAAAAGUAUCGGCAACGAAACAAUUCUCCUUAGAACGUGCACCAAUAUCGUUAUGCAUCCAAUUGAAGCGCUUUUCCAUCGUUGGCAAUAAGCUAAACAAACACAUUGCAAUCAGACAACUAUUGAACUUGUCAAAGUAUUCGUCACGGAAAAAUGCCAACGAAACGCUUCAAUACCGUUUAGUGUCGAUGGUCACACAUUUGGGUGCAUCACAACAUUGUGGCCACUACACCGCAAUCGGUUUGACUGAAACAGGUAGCUAUUAUCAGUUUGAUGAUAGUUUUGUGCGACAGAUUUCCGUUCAAAAUGUAUUGAAUACAAACGCCUAUAUCAUAUUCUAUGAGCUCGACACAUCCACCGAUAAGAUGCAUAGCUUCGGUUCGACAUUGUCUGCAAAUGAUGAUCGAAUUUCACGCUCCUUCUUGGACACAAAAGAAACGCAGCGCAGCAAUGUCACGACAACGGUAACAAGUGGCAGUAGCAACAGCAACAGCACCACAACCACCACAAAACCGUUCAUCGGACCGAUGCUUCCAAGCAAACUGAACACAGACUCAAAUGAAAACAGUACGCAUGCGUUCAACGAUUCAGGAAAGGAGUCGAUUUUAUCCAAUAAAACGACAAAUAAUCAUAAGAAAACUGAGCAUAGUCCCAUUGUGAAAUUGACAAGCAAUGGCGCUAGAUACGUUACCCAUGGCUCAGAUGAGCCCAGCACCGAGUCGUCCACCAAUAAUUUUGUACAAAACAAUGGAUACCUGCAUAGUUCCAAUUCGAAUCGCAAGGGAGGCGACUCGUCCAGUGACGAAGAUAAUAAUGACGAUGACGAUGAGGACGACAAUCGGCAGAAAUCAUCAUUCAAAUCAGAUAACCGGCGGUCACACAAGGAACAAACACUGCCCAGCAUGCCAAAACUGGAAUCGAUUGAAACAACCAACCACAAUGAUAAAGGUUCAAGUAGCAAUUCGUUUAAGGCGCGUUCUCUUGCAAACGGAUCGUCCAAAUCACUAACAUAUACAAGUGGCAAAGCAGGCCGAUCGAAUGGCAACGAUUCGGAUAGCGAUUGGUCAAGUGAUGCUGGACCAACAGUGAAAAAGAUUGUAAAGCCAGCGCUCAAAUCGACCAGUUCGACGCCGGUACUGCUGAUGAAUGGCACCAACAAACACACACCGAACCGAUUGGUUCCGUACGACGACUCGGAAUACGACAGUGGCACCGAGUCACCGCCAGAGGUCAAAACGAAAGCUGGACCUUUCCAAGUGACAAACACAAAUACGCCUCCCGUAGUGUCGUCGUUCAUGAAGAGCUCAAUCGAGCGACACUCGAAAACACCAUCACCGGCUGGAAUAGUCAAUAACGGGCUGUCAAACGGUGCCAAACUGUUGUGCAAUCGACGAGAAAGUGAUAGUAAUAUGGUUGUCAAAACAGCCGCUUCAUCCGUUAACUCAAACAAACGACCAAACGAAUGGCACGGAAAUGAAACCACACACAAACUCAUGAAGCUCAGCCAUCGUGGCUACGGAACGGCCGUGCCAUCGUGGAAUGGCCAAAAGAGUACAAUGGAAAAAGAGGUGGACGAGGAUAAGAACGAAGAAUUGAAGCGUCAAACGUUGAAUGCAGGUGAUGCUGAAAUGGAUCGCGGUCAUAAAAAGAAAUUAGGUUCAAAAUUGGUGCUAGGUCGUGACAAUCCCGGCUACAAUCCAUUCACAGAGCAUCAAAACCAGCGGAAUACUUGGACUGUGUCAAAUGGUAACGGCAAUAAUACCAAUCAAUCUCGGCCAUUUAAAUCACAGAUUUUUAGACAAAAUCCAAAACACAAAUUCCAAAAAUUUGGCCGAAACUCAAACAACGGAAACCGGCAUUUUAACAAUAGCUACAGACACUUUCGACAGCCGAACAAAUAAAACGAAGUGCACGCGUGAAUGCAUAUGAGCAAUUACGAUUUUAUUUAAUUUGUGCUGCUGUUGGAAAUGUUUUCUUAUACUACGAAAAAAAUGUGCUUCAACUAACUUAAAAUCACAAUAACGCCGAUCGUAACAUUGAUUUUUGUUGAAUUCUAAGUCUUGCAAAAUAAACCGAAUGCAAAAAUAUACCAGAACGAUAAGUACACUCCCCUCCCCCAACUAGUUAGAUAGACCGAUGCAUUUCAAUUACAUAACACCGGCUCUUGCAUUUAGUUGGAUUGUUCGAUAGCUAAGUUACUACAAAAACCAAUGUCAUUAAACAAAAUCACACACAAUUUGUACUGUAUCGUGCAAAUGUGGUUUUUUUUCUCUUUUCUGACACAAAAAAAAAACGCAUUGAAACCAACGACAAAUUUUUUUCAAAGCUGUUUUUCUCUUAUUUUUUUUUCUCUAUUUUAAUUUAUCAACAUUGUUUUUAAUGGUUUUGAUUAUUAUCCAGACGUUUGUAAAUAUUUAAAACAAAUUGGAAAAUCAUACAAAUUUUGUUCAUGAAAAUAGCAAAUAAAAGCAAAUAAAAAAAAUAACUAGGGUAAAUUACAAAUUAAAAUAUGUAUUUGUACGGGCGAUACUGCAAAACAAAACAGAAAAAAAGUAAAUCUUUCCAUGGUCAUCGUCAGGAAUUAUUUAAAUGGAGACGACCGUCGAAACACAGAAUCGCAUCUGUCUUUUCGGGUAAAUGGCAUGAACACCAAUAUAUAUUGUUCGAAUAGCGACAAGCAUUUACUUGGAGAAUAUGCGUUAAUGACACACAUAUUAUAAACACGUGAAAUAAUAUUAAUGAAGAGAGAAAAAAAAAAUGAGAAAACAUGUAUCGUAAGCAUUGCCUUCUGAUUAUCUAAAACAAACAUAAACAAUGAUUAAUUUUAGUUCUUCUUUGUUAUUUGCACAUUUUUUUCGUAAAACUGUAUGUAAAUAUGAAUUUUUAGACGUUCAAUAAGUUAUAUGAUGUAAAAAAAAAACAACAACAACAAUAAUAAUAAUUAUAAUUAUAAUAUUAAUAAUAACUUAAAUCAAAGCAAACAAAUAUAAUCGGCUCAUCAGGAUCCAAAUUGGAUUCAUCCUGAUGGAACUGCCAAAAUCCGAAAUAUUACCUACAAUAUACACUGAAAAUAAACACAUGAAUUUUAUUACAAA